AUGGUCAUGCUCCGUUUGACUGCCGAGCAGUACCGAAAAUUGCCCAUACUGGCAGAUGAAUCAACUUGCUCUGGGAAGACCUACAUCGUCACAGGCGGCAACUCUGGGCUGGGCCUGGAAACUGCACGGCAUCUUGUCGAAUUCAAGGCCUCACGCGUCAUCCUGGCCGUGCGAAAUCUCACGGCAGGCGAGAAUGCUAAAAAGGACAUUGAGCAAACGACGGACCAAGUAGACAGGAUCGAUGGCUUUGUCGCCAACGCCGGUGUAUUGCUGGACUCAUGGUCAACUUCAGAGGGCAUGGAGACCAGUAUACAAGUCAACGUUGUGAACACCUUGUUUCUGGGGACCCUGAUGCUGCCUAAGUUGAGCGCGGUCGCCCGUGAGCUCGGGACCCAGCCCACGCUUGUUUUUAUCGUCAGCGUCCUGGGAUACACGGCUAGGAGCGAAAUGGACAAGAGCCGUGAUGGUAAUAUCUUUGAGGGGUUUAACGACCAGAAGAAGGCCAAUAUGAAUGCAAGAUACGCGCUCACGAAGCUUGUAGAAGAGCUGGCCGUGCGACAACUCACAGCAGCGGUACCUGUUGAGCGCACAGGUGUCGUCGUGAACAUGGUGGCACCCGGCCUGUGCCACUCCGGCUUGGGCAGGGACGCCGGUUCCUUCACCAAGGCGAUGCUCUCGGCGAUCAAGGCCAUGAUGGCGCGGACUUCAGAGGAGGGCAGCCGAACAAUUUUGCAUGGCUUGGUGGCUGGCGGGGAGAGCCACGGCAAACUGCUCUCAGGCUGCAAGAUCAAGGAAUUCUGGGUGCCUGACUGGGUUAAAAACGUGGAAGGGCAGCGACUGCAAAGGGGCAUCUGGACAGAGCUUGUCGAGAAGUUCGAGCAUGUUGAGCCUGAGUGUGUGAAGCAACUUUCGGGCUUGAUGUAA